AUGCAUGAUCUUAUUUGUGAUGUCACCUUAGCAAUUGCUUCUAGGGACAACAAUGCGUUUGCAUUAAAACCUGAAGAUGUUCUGGAAGAUUGGCCUAAUAGAGAGACAAUGGAAAAAUGCACCAUGAUUAGUUUGGAAUAUGCUAAUAUUAGCUAUUUCCCCAAAGAGUUGAAAUGUCCGCAACUUGAUCUUUUUCUUCUGUAUAGCAAGGAUCUUUCCGUGGAAUUGCCAAUCAACUUUUUUAAGGAAACACUAAAUCUUAAAGUUUUAGAUUUGACUCAUAUGCAAUUUCAGUCCUUACCUUCCUCAAUUAGUCUCCUAACAAACCUUCGGACAUUGUGCCUAGACCGUUGUAUUAUGGGAGAUAUUGCUGGGAUUGGAGAGCUCAAGAAUUUAGAAAUUCUCAGCCUUUUGCGUUCUGAUUUUGAAAGGCUACCUAAGGAAAUUGGGGAAUUGAUCAAAUUAAGGUUAUUAGAUCUCAGUGGUUGUACUAGACUCAAAAUAAUUCCACCAGGGGUCUUAUCGAGUUUGUCUAGAUUGGAAGAAUUGUAUAUGGGUAACAGUUUUGUUCAAUGGGAAGUGGAGAGGCAAGCCAACCAACGAAGCAAUGCUAGUCUUGCUGAAUUGGAGCUUUUGUCUCAUCUGACCACUUUAGAUGUUCAUAUUCCUGAUGCCAAGAUUAUGCCAGCGGACUUGUUCUCCAAGAAGUUGGAAAGAUACAAGAUUUUCAUAGGAAAAGGAUGGGAUUGGGUUGGUAAGCGUAAACACUCGAGGACAUUGAAACUCAAGUUAAAUACAAGUGUUGAUGAGUUGGAUCAUGGAUUUAGGAUGUUUCUAAAGAAAACUGAAGAUCUAUAUUUAGAUGACAUGAAAGGUGUCAAGAUUGCACUGCGUGAGUUGAUGGAUGAGGACAGCUUUCAGCGGUUGAAGAAUCUCCAUAUCCAAAAUGGUUCGGAGAUCGAAUAUAUCAUUAGUGAUAAAGGUGCAGCUUAUAAAAAUGAAUUUCUUCAAUUGCGAUCCUUGACACUUCAUGGUCUACCACAGCUCAUUAGCUUUUGCUUUGAAAACAAAAGGGGUUCUAAUUCUUCAUUUCAAUAUGAGUCAUCGCUUUUUAGUGAAAAGUUGGUGUUCCCUCGCUUGGAGAGCCUUCGGUUGUCCUCAAUCAAUGUUGAAAGAAUAUGGCACAACCGGUUUUCAAAUAUAUCUGAGUACGGUACUCAAAAUCUAACAAGUUUGACCAUUGAGGGUUGCGACAACUUGAAACAGCUAUUGUCAUCUUCUAUGGCUAGAAGUCUAACGCAUCUUAAAUGCUUUGAGAUAGUUGAAUGCAAAUGCUUAAGAGAGGUGAUAUUUGCAGAGGAUAUAGAAGAAGAAGACAAGGCUACGAUCUCAUUUCCUCAAUUAAACUCUCUAAAGAUAAGGAAGCUUCAGCAUCUUACUGGGUUUUGUUCAGAAAGUUAUAAUAUUGAAUUCCCAUCCUUGAGGCUUCUGAAGAUAGAGCAAUGUCCUCAAUUGCGGGGAUUCAUAUAUAAAUCUAAAAUGGAGGAGAACCAACAUUUCUCUCCACAAGCUCUCUUCGAUGAAAAGGUUGCGUUCCCUCGUUUGGAGCAUCUAAGCAUUUCCUGGUUGAGAAAUAUGAAGAUGAUAUGGCACAAUCAACUCUCUGCAAAUUCCUUCUGCAAAUUGGAAAAAAUGGUAGUUGAACAUUGUAAUGAGCUCUUUACCGUUUUUCCAUUUGAUUUGUUGAGUACAUUUCAAGGACUUCAAACUCUCAAAGUAUCUAGUUGUUGUUCUGUGGAACAUAUAUUUGAACUCCAAAGGUUAAAUAUGAAAGAAACACAUGUUGUGGCUGCUCAACUAAGGGAAUUGCAUGUAUUUAAUCUACCAAAAUUGAAGAAUGUUUGGAACGAGGAACCCCAAGGAAUUUUAACAUUUCAAAAUCUAAAUGUAGUAUGGGUUCAGAAUUGUUGGAGUCUGAAGCACGUGUUUCCAGCCUCAGUUGCCAGAGUUCUUCCUCAACUUAAAGAUCUUUCAGUAAAUAGCUGUGCAGUGGAGGAGAUUGUUUCAAAAGCGGAAGGAUGGGAAACGAGUGUAACUAAUUUUGAGUUUGGUCAAGUGGCCAGCCUUGGGCUAUGGAAUCUGCCAAAUCUCAAAUAUUUCUAUCCAGGAAUGCACACAACAAAGUGGCCGAUGUUAAAAAAGUUGAAAAUAUUCCACUGCAAGAAAUUGAAGAUACUUGACAUUGGUUGUCCUAAUUUGCCAGAUAUGAAUGAGGACGACCAAUUGGACUCCCCAAUCCAACCACCACUUUUCUUAGUUGAAAAGGUGAUUCCCAAAUUAGAAGAAGUGUCUUUGACCAGUGAUGACAUUGGAAUAAUAUGUGAUAGCAAGGUUUCCGAAGGCUUUUUCCAUAAAAUAAAAUCUCUUAAUUUGCGCUGCUACCACGAUGAAUCUGCUAUUUUCCCAACUACCUUUCUUGAAAGUUUCAAAAAUUUGAAAAACCUUGAGGUACGUUGUUGCAAAUUUAAUGAUUUAUUCUCCUACGAAAGAGGUGCUGGUAAGGGGACAAAUGCUCUAACACUUUUGCCAAUUAGAAACUUAAAACUGGGUGGCCUUCAUUCUUUAAAACACAUGUGGAUGCAAGGGUCACGACUUGACUACAUUCUUGCCAAUCUUGAAAAAAUUGAAGUUUUCAGAUGUGCCAAUAUGAUUAGUUUAGGAUUGUCCUCAACAACUUUUCAAAAUCUCAUUACUUUGGAUGUUUGGGAGUGUAGAGCAAUGAUAAACUUAGUUACAUCCUUAGCAGUGCAAAGUUUGGUCCAACUCAAAAUUUUGAGGAUAAAAAACUGUGUUUCAAUGAAAGAAAUUGUUGGAAAUGAAGGAGAUGAUGAAGCAACCUAUGACAUUAUUUUCAAUAGGUUGAAAUGUUUGGUACUUCGACAUUUACCAAGCCUUAAAAGCUUUUGUUCUGGUCAUCACACAUUUCGAUUCCCAUCUUUGGACCAAGUAAUCGUGAGCCACUGUCCUGAAUUGGAGAUCUUUUGCAAGGGAGAUUUAAAUACACCAAAUUUGCAAAGAGUACAAGUAAUUGCAGGUGAAGAUAAAAAGGCUAGCUUUGUAUUGGUGGAUGUUACUUUCAACCAUUCAUUAUGA